AUGAACCCUUACGGCCAAGUUUACUGUUAUCCGGUGACUCAUGGCUACGACUGCAAUGGGAACCCCAUCGUGUACAGUGUCAUUCCUCCUCAGAUGCGACCGGUGGCGGUGCAGGCUCCCUCUCCGAUACCCUCCAUGUCCAGUUCGUCUUCCUCUGCCACCAUUGUAGCCCUUCCCGGGGCUCCCAAAGAGUCUCCGCAAAUGUAUUUUGCCAAAGUGUGUCGCCUGGUGUAUUUUGUGGAACAGUGGCAAGAGACGAACAAGUAUCCUGUUUCAGACUGGGUGUACCCCGAGUAUCUGGUUGAUCCUGUCACAAAAGAGUGGGUGAAUGUGUUGGAGGCGUUCCAGAUAUUUGGGGAGGAAUUUAAAGAGGAGGAAAAAGCGACUUGGCCAAUUUGGGGGGGGCAGCGCCGUCAGUUCCUAGAUGUGGUCGACGAUGUCCUUGAGAGAUUGAAAGGCGAAAGGGAGAUCGCCAUCCAGAUGAUGAGGGGGAAUUUGCCAGACUGAUGCUUUCCUGGCUGAAAUUUGUCAUUUUCUACGUUAUAGUUCGG